CCUGUUCCUGCUCUCGUACGACUUUGACACUUCAAUCUGAACGUCCUGUGCAUCUCUGGCAGCUUCAGACAUUUUUGCGCACUACGAGUAAAGCCAGCGGCAGCUUACCACGGUUUUAAGGAAGACGCCAAUCCUAGAGCUCCCCAUUACCCGCUCGAGCCUCGGAAAACCGUUUCAACCUGAGUGGCAUAAGAAACCCUUUGUACUCGAUCAUUUGCGACCACACUUUCUUCCUUCUUUCCCCCACUAUUCUUCCUCGCGCCCAUUCUUCACACAAUGUCUGACGGCGACGUUAAACCACCAAAGCCCUCAGUUGUCCCUGAGGCACACGAGGUCGACACUUACCAUGUGCCAAAGGCUUUCUUCGACAAGCACCCCGACAGCAAGCCUCAUCUGGAUGGCUUGGACCACUACAGGGAGCUCUGGAAGGAGUCGAUUGAGAAGCCAGACCAGUUCUGGGGUCGUAUGGCUCGCGACCUGCUCACAUGGCAGAGAGACUUCCAAACUGUGCACAGCGGAUCGCUGGAGAACGGCGACAAUGCAUGGUUCGUUGAGGGUCAAUUGAACGCUUCUUACAACUGUGUGGACCGCCACGCUUUCAAGAACCCCGACAAGACAGCCAUCAUCUACGAGGCUGACGAGGUCAACGAGGGUCGCAAGAUCUCAUACGGAGAGCUCCUCAGAGAGGUCUGCAGACUGGCCUACACCCUGAAGCAGAUGGGUGUCAAGAAGGGUGACACGGUUGCUCUGUACAUGCCCAUGAUUCCCGAGGCUGUCAUUGCUUUCCUUGCUUGCUCUCGUAUUGGUGCCGUCCACUCAGUCGUCUUCGCCGGAUUCUCCUCCGACUCGCUGAAGGACCGCAUCAUCGACGCAGACUCCAAGGUCGUCAUUACCACCGAUGAGGGCAGACGCGGAGGCAAGCUCAUUGGCACCAAGAAGAUCGUCGACGACGCACUCAGCAAGUGUCCCGGCAUCAAGCACUGUUUGGUCUUCAAGCGUACUGGUGCUGAUGUGCCCAUGACCGAGGGCCGUGAUCUGUGGUGGCACGAGGAAGUCGAGAAGUACCCCAACUACAUCGCUCCCGAGCCCAUGAACUCUGAGGACCCUCUCUUCCUUCUCUACACAUCUGGCUCGACCGGCAAGCCCAAGGGUGUCAUGCACACCACUGGUGGUUACCUGUUGGGUGCCGCUGCCACCGGAAAGUACGUCUUCGAUAUCCACGACGACGACACUUUCUUCUGCGGUGGUGAUGUCGGUUGGAUCACUGGUCACACAUACGUCGUUUACGCUCCUCUAUUGCUCGGCGUUGCAACAGUCGUUUUUGAGGGCACUCCCGCAUACCCCGACUUCAGCAGAUACUGGGAUGUUGUUGCUCAACACAAGGUCACGCAAUUCUACGUCGCGCCUACUGCUCUGAGACUCCUGAAACGUGCUGGUGACCACUUCGUCAAGCACGAGAUGGAGCACUUGAGAGUUCUUGGUAGUGUCGGCGAGCCAAUCGCUGCAGAGGUCUGGAAGUGGUACUUUGAGAUUGUCGGAAAGGAGGAGGCUCACAUUGUCGACACAUACUGGCAAACAGAGACCGGUUCGCACGUCAUCACUCCUCUCGGCGGUGUUACCCCUACCAAGCCCGGCAGUGCUUCCCUUCCCUUCUUCGGUAUCGAGCCCGCAAUCAUCGACCCCGUCUCCGGCGAGGAGCUCCACGGCAACGACGUCGAGGGUGUUUUGGCCUUCAAGCAGGCAUGGCCCAGCAUGGCCCGUACCGUCUGGGGUGCACACAAGAGGUACAUGGACACAUACCUGAACGUUUACAAGGGAUACUACUUCACUGGAGACGGUGCCGCUCGUGACCACGAGGGUUACUACUGGAUCCGUGGCCGUGUCGACGACGUUGUCAACGUCUCCGGUCACCGUCUUUCCACCGCUGAGAUCGAGGCUGCUUUGAUUGAGCACAACGCUGUCGCUGAGGCUGCUGUUGUCGGUGUCGCAGACGAGCUCACUGGUCAGGCAGUCGCCGCCUUUGUUGCCAUCAAGGACGGCAAUGAGACAAACGACGCUCUUCGCAAGGACUUGGUUAUGCAAGUAAGGAAGAGCAUUGGUCCUUUCGCUGCACCUAAGGCAAUUCACGUUGUUCCCGAUCUUCCCAAGACCCGUUCUGGUAAGAUCAUGCGUCGUAUUUUGCGCAAGAUCUUGGCUGGUGAGGAGGAUCAGCUUGGCGACAUCACUACUCUCUCGGAUCCUUCAGUCGUCGACAAGAUCAUCGAGGUUGUACACGCCAGCAAGAAGUGAUUACUUUGCACGAUUUGACACGCAAUUUUGCUUCCAUUUCCUUCGGAUACCACUCACGUUUUUUCUAUCUCGAACAGCUUUGUUCGUGGACCCAUCUUGUUAUGGAGCGUCUGAAAAUGCUCACAGG